AAGACCCUUGUACAAGCAAACCCUUGAACCCCUCGCCGAUGAUCUCGCCGCCACCAAUUCCAUUUCCUGAUUACCUUUUUCUUACACUCAUUUAGGUUUCUGCCCAAUUUUUUAAUGCCAUAACGUGUUCACAUCGUAGUCAACGACUUUUCAUCCAUUGCCAACACCUUUAAAUUGAACAAAUAUGCAAUCAACAAUGGCCACAAGGUGCGUUAGGGCUCGUGAACUCAUCCUUCGGACUACAGGCACCAAGAUGAUGAUGGGUUACAGCCACAGCUGUAGCUGUAGCAGUAGCAGUGGCGUUUCUCGUUCGUUAAUCCCACAGACUUUCGUCACUGGUUCACACGGUUUCAGUAAUCGUGUUUUAAUCAGUCAGGUUGUUGUACGCCGGGCUAAUUCAUGGGGUGUUUUGAAGAACUCUACGCAUUUCUUGAGGAAUUUAACUGCGUUUGUUUCGGAUUUCUCACCUACUCCCCAGAAAAAACCUGGUUCUAUGCCAAAUGGGAUUGCUACAUUAACAACAUCAAGUGGGGCACAGGGGGCAAAGAAAAAUAAAGAAGAUGAUGAAAAAGAUCUUGUUGCUAAAGGGGAUGAAAUUAGUAACAUGAAGAUUCUUAGUACACUUGCAAAAUACUUGUGGAUGAAAGAUAACAUAGAGUUCAGAUUGCGAGUGCUCAUGGCCUUGGGUUUCUUGGUUGGUGCCAAGGUGAUGAAUGUUCAGGUUCCCUUUUUGUUCAAACUAGCUGUUGACUGGUUAACGACAGCGACAGGGAAUCCGAGUUCAGUUGCCCAGUUUGCGGCUUCUAAUCCUACAGCUUUAGCUCUUUUUGUUAGUCCAGCAGCUGUGUUGGUUGGUUAUGGUAUAGCACGAACAGGGGCUUCUGCUUUCAACGAGCUGAGAACUGCAGUGUUCUCAAAGGUGGCAUUGCGGACUAUUAGAUCAGUUUCGAGGAAGGUUUUUUCACAUUUGCAUGAGCUUGAUCUAAGAUAUCAUCUGAGUCGAGAAACAGGAGCUUUAAAUCGAAUUAUUGAUCGUGGUAGCCGAGCUAUUAAUUUCAUCCUUUCAGCCAUGGUAUUCAAUGUUGUACCGACAAUACUAGAGAUUGCAAUGGUAGCAGGUAUUCUCGCAUACAAAUUUGGAGCAACAUUUGCAUGGAUUACUUCUUUAUCUGUUGCUGUGUAUAUUGCCUUCACGUUGACUAUAACACAAUGGAGGACUAAAUUCAGGAAGGUAAUGAACAAAGCUGAUAAUGAUGCAAGCACGAGGGCAAUUGAUUCACUUAUAAAUUAUGAGACCGUGAAGUAUUUUAACAACGAGCAUUAUGAAGCUGAGGAGUACGAUAAAUAUUUGAAGAGGUAUGAAGAUGCUGCCUUGAAGACACAACGGAGUCUUGCUGUUUUAAACUUUGGGCAAACUUUAGUGUUCAGUACUGCUCUUUCAGCCGCCAUGAUACUGUCUUCAAAUGGCAUAAUGAAUGGUCUAGCGACUGUUGGUGAUCUGGUUAUGGUGAACGGACUCCUGUUCCAACUGUCUCUUCCUCUCAAUUUCCUUGGCAGUGUUUAUCGUGAAACCGUGCAGAGUCUUGUUGACAUGAAAUCCAUGUUUCAGCUGCUUGAGGAGAGGGCAGAAGUCAGAGAUGCAGAUGAUGCAAAGCCUCUCAAGUUAGGUGGAGGUAGCAUUGAAUUUGAAGAUGUUCAUUUCAGUUAUCUGCCGGAAAGAAAGAUUCUUGAUGGGAUAUCUUUUGUGGUGCCAUCUGGGAAAAGUGUGGCUAUUGUUGGAACUAGUGGCAGCGGUAAAUCAACUAUCCUUAGAAUGAUAUUCAGGUUCUUUGACACCAAUUCUGGCACGGUGAGGGUAGAUGGUCAAGAUGUAAGGAAGGUUACACUUGAAAGCCUUAGGAAAUAUAUUGGCGUUGUCCCACAAGAUACGGUAUUAUUCAACGAUACAAUAUUUCACAACAUUCAGUACGGGCAGCUUUCAUCUACACCCGAAGAGGUAUAUGAUGCUGCUCGAAAAGCAGCAAUUCACGACACUAUCAUGAAAUUCCCACAACAAUAUUCUACUCUAGUAGGGGAACGUGGUCUUAAGCUUAGUGGUGGUGAGAAACAAAGAGUUGCAUUGGCUCGUGCGUUCCUGAAAGCUCCUCCUAUCUUGCUGUGUGAUGAAGCAACAAGCGCACUCGAUAGCACAACCGAGGCAGAGAUUCUGACUGCAUUGAGGUCACUUGCAAAUAACCGAACAGCGGUCUUUGUUGCUCAUAGACUUACAACUGCAAUGCAGUGUGAUGAGAUUAUCGUUCUGGAGAACGGGAGGGUUGUCGAACAGGGUGCUCAUGAAGUUCUGCUGUCAAAUGGUGGUAGAUAUGCACAACUUUGGUCACAGCAAAAUAACACAGUUGAUGGUCUUGAUGCAGCCAUCAAAUUAGAGGCUUAAUAAUUCUGUAUGCAAAUUAGUUAUUGAUUUUAUAUUAAUCCAAAUUUUUGUUAUGAAGAAACAAAUCGAUUAAUCGAGAUCAGGUUUUUCAUAUAGGUUUUCAUAUUAGAUAACGAUUGAUACCGACCCCUUAUGUAACAUUCUACGCUUAAGCAUAAUUCACAACCAAAUUUGUUGCGGAA